AUGAAUUCUCUACCACAGCAAGCUCUACAGGCUAAACAAUCUUCUAGUUGUACUAAAAUAGAUGUCCAUUCUUCUAACAGUGAUGUACAACACUUGAUGUCUAUUGGCUUCGACAAGAACGAUUGUUUUUAUGCCUUACAAUAUUGUCAUGGUAACGUAGACGAGGCCGCAAUGUGGUUAACCAAACACGCCAAAAUCAUCUCCAAGAAAGAGAAAAAUUCUGACUUUGCCUUAACUGGUGUAGAGAUUAAAGCUACUAGUGUAUAUUUCUGUCUUAUUGAUGACUGCGGGGCCGACGUUCCAUUGGCUGAAAUUUCCAUCAAUGGAAUAGAUAUCAGUCAAAACCAGGAGCCCAAUAUUGAAGGUAAAGCCAAGUUACAUAUUAUAGGUUCCUAUUAUAACAGGAACUUAUCAGGAUGGGAGCCAUUCUUAGAACCCUGGCC